GAGCAUCGAGUCCUGAAUAUUCGCGGGAGAGCCCCGUACUCACUGUAUAGAACAAGUGGUGCUUGGGAUGGUAUGGACAAUUGCAGCUGGAUGGUCAGCAUAUAAAGGGCAGAGCAUUGCUAGCGUCGCUGCUGGUGGUCACCCGGAUGCGCGACCAGGCAACUCAAGACGAUAUCAGGAAGAGCAGAUGCGACACUGUAUAGAGACAGAUGGAGUGAGACGAGGGGCUCUGACGGCGGUAAUGCUAGAUUUCCAAUGCCUUCACGCCAUCAUGGUACGCACGCGCGCGUUUUCGUCGACCAUGAUGCGUACAACAACGACAUCUGGACUCAAAGACCCAUGGUGGUCAGAACUUGCAGGACCUCUCGACGCUCGCAACAGAUCUUCUAGGGAUAGUUCAGUUACGCCAAUUGGUCAAAUCAAGAGUGCGUACACGACGAAACCCGGCAACCAGCAUAUUCAUACGAAUGACGGCUCACCAUCGUCGGCGUAUGUUUGCCGAGAUUGUCUUGAACUUCGACGUCUGUCGUAUCUCUCUCGACCACAAACGCAUUAGAGCAGCUAGCACUUAGUAACCUCUGUCACUCGAUCUAGCGCGUAGCUUGCAGCAAUCACUCUAUUGAGU